UCAUUACAUAAAUGUUCUUCAGACGUGACUUACCUGGCGGUAAGAGACUUUUUCCCUCACUGGCACCACAUAAGCCGUGACGACUGACGAGGGAUGUCACUUGCUGAGUAAAAGCAGCUGUAGUGCCUCUUGUAAAAAAUCGUACACGCUGUAGUGCCAUGUAUUCGUGUGGCUGAAUUUUACGUGCGUUACACCUUUCUGUAGUACAAACCACUUCGCGUCCCAGCAUAAGGGAGUACUUUGUGUCUCCUGCCUGUGUACCACCACCCUCACGCUCCACCCACAGAGCUGAUCCACUAUCUCUGAGAUGGACACCUUACGCUUCGCUGUAGAAGACGACGACGACCUUUACUCUGGGUUCGACACGGUGCACCCGGCACUUGACACACGCCAUCUACAGAGUGACCCAGGCUUUCAGGAGGCUGUCCGCACUAGCCAUGGCCGCCGUCCCCCGACACAGAGCCGCACACCAGGCACAGCCAUGCGGCUGACAGGUGCUGGCCCUCGUCUUGGAACAGUUCAACAGGGACCUGGAACGGGUGGUUCCAGUGAUGGGUUACGAAGACCCAUGACUAGCAUGCGAGGCACUGGCUACACCUCCCAAGGAAGUGCCUUUGAUCCUCUCAACCAGGCCAGCAAAGGCCCAGCUCCUCCACUCAUUUCUAAAACUGAGGAAAGCCCUGAAGAGAAAAUCAAAUCCCUGGAACGAAGGGUGAUGGGACUCAUUGAAGAAUCAUGCUUAGCAGCCUCACGUGGGGAGAUAAGGCUGGCUCUUGAUCGAGCCAAGGAAGCUUCCAGCAAGGAGCGUUCUCUUAUCAGACAGCGGGAGCAGGCAGGCCUGUCUGAUGGCCACAACCUAGAUCUUACUUUCUCAGUCCUCUUCAACUUAGCAAACCAGUAUGCUGCUAAUGACAUGUACACUGAGGCCCUCAACACUUACCAAGUCAUCACAAAAGAUCGCAUGUUUAACAACUCAGGUCGACUGCGAGUCAACAUGGGCAACAUCCACUACAAGAUGGGGCAGUACAGCAAGGCCAUUAAGUUUUACCGAAUGGCACUUGACCAGGUUCCCAACACUCACAAGAGCAUGAGGAUCAAAAUAAUGCACAAUAUUGGCUUGGUGUUUGUGCGCAUGGGGCAGUACUCUGAGGCUUGUACAAGCUUUGAGUACAUCAUGCAAGAAGAGGCCAACUUUAAAACAGGCCUGGACUUGGUUACAGCUUAUUAUGCUCUUGGAGACAAAGAAAGAAUGAAAAAGGGAUUUCUGCGCUUGCUGGAAUGUCAGCUGGAUAUUGAUGAUGAUGAGAAAUACACAGCAACAUCAGAUGAUACACAAGCUAACCUUAUUUUGGAAGUGAUCCGCAAUGAUCCUCUGCGAAAGAUGGAGCGGCAGAUGAAGCAAGAAGCAGAGCGUUCCAUACUGACUGCUGCCAAGCUAAUCUCCCCUGUGAUUGAGAGCACAUUCAGUGCUGGCUACAACUGGUGUGUCGAUGCAAUCAAAAACUCCCAGUAUGCUGACCUGGCCAAUGACUUGGAGAUCAAUAAAGCUGUCAUGUACCUGAGGCAGAAAAAUUUCAAGGAUGCAGUUGAGACUUUAAAGAUGUUUGAGAAGAAGGAGACCAAAGUAGCUAGUACAGCAGCAACUAAUCUUUCUUUCCUCUAUUUCCUGCAAAAUGAAACAGACUUGGCAGACAACUAUGCCCAGAUGGCACGAGAUGCUAAUGGUUACAAUGAUGCUGCCCUUGUGAACCUUGGAAAUUGCUGCUAUAAACGAGAAGAUUAUGAGAAGGCCCGAGAACACUAUAUUGCCGCCUUAGAUAUUGACGCCUCCUGUGUAGAAGCUUUAUAUAAUCUCGGAUUAACUAACAAGAAAUUAGGUAAUUAUGAAGAGGCCUUAGAUUCUCUCCUGAAGAUGCAUGCUAUUGUGCGUAACUACCCUCCUGUUGUGUACCAGAUUGCCCAUCUCUACCAGCUGCUGCUGGACAAUGACCAGGCCUCUGAAUGGUACCUGCAGCUGCUGGGGCUGGUGCCCACUGACCCACACAUUCAUCAGCGCCUGGGCCAGAUCUUUGACUCAGAGGGAGACAAGCAGCAAGCUUACCAAUAUUAUUUUGAUUCGUAUCGCUACUUCCCAAGCAACUUGGAGGUCAUAGAUUGGCUGGGUUCAUACUUUAUUGAGCACCAGGUGGCAGAGAAGGCUAUCAGUUACUUUGAGCGAGCAGCACUCAUGCAGCCAGAUGAACCAAAGUGGCAACUUAUGGUUGCUGCUUGUCACCGCCGUUCGGGGAACUACCAGCAGGCACUUCAGACAUACAAGCAGAUCAAUCGACGGUUUCCUGAGAAUGUUGAAUGUCUCAAACUACUCAUAAGACUGAGUAGCGACCUGGGUCUCAAGGAGGCCACAGAAUAUGCUCUGGAACUGAAGAAAGUAGAAAGAGUCCAGGAGCAGAGAGACAUAAGGGCCACUAGUGGGUCACGGCCAGGAUCACGCAGAUCCUCCUCUCGUGCCUCUCGCAGCGGCUCGGCUAUCUCGAGUCAUGAGGAGGCAGGGGUUUUACCUCCAAAAAGCCCAGGCAGCAGACCAAGUGCAAAAAGUGCCCGCAGCAUUCCUGGCUCUGCACUCAGUGGUGGAAGGUCAACUCGCCUCUCUCUUAAUGACCUGGAUGAGACUGAACCUUACAUUCCAUCCAACAAAGAAGUUGACAGCAGCUAUGUUGACCCUCUUGGACCACUUCAAGAGCGGCCAAAGACGAGCCUUCGCCGCAAACAAGAUGAGGAUGAAUUUGCUGAUGAUGACAUUGGAGAUGAUCUUUUACCUGAGUAACUCUUUUUCUAAAGAGGAUGAAAAUGUACCUGUCUUUGUGACCAUAAAAUCAAUCCAGGAGACUGUUAUAUAUUUAUAUUUUUCAGAGAUAUUUUUAUCUAUUGAAAGGCCAUGCACAGUUUCAGUCAGAACUUGCCUAGGAUAAGUUGUCAUAUAAUCUGACUCUUGUUUUGCUAUAAACAACAACUUUCUCAAGCCAAAAAUACCUGGUGCUAGGCUUAAAAUAUUGAGGUAAUGUACCUGAGUGAUUAGACUUGGUUGACCCAUACAUUAAUUAUCAUGCAUGGAACAAUACUAUUAAUAAUUAUAAAAACUUAUUCUCACUGUCGGCAAAAUCACACACACACACACACACACACACACACACACACACACACACACACACACACACACACACACACACACACACACACACACACACACACACACACACUAGAAGUACACACAUGAAUUUCAGGAUGCUAUGUUUAUUUUCUAGAUCUGAUCUAAACUAUAGUGGCUUACAAAAUAAUGCUUGAAUGGAGUCUUUAGAAUUUUAACAUUGAAUCCCACUGUAUACUGUAUCAUGAAUGUGGACUAUUAUUCUAUCAUCUGUAUCUCAAGAAAUACAUAUUUAUCAACCCAAGUUUA